GGUCCAACCCUGAAUUUUGAAUCACUAUGACCCAACCGGGUACGACGGGAUUUUCAAGUUGGAGCGCUCAAAUUUCUGAAUUAAAGGGCUGGUCGGCUGGGCCGGCCCAUCUAUGUACUUGUAAGUUGCUGCUGUAGUUGCGCAGCUUGUCGUCAAUGGAGUCGCUUUUCCACACCUCCUCUGUAUUGUAUCCAAACCCAACCCUAGUCGGACGACGGGCAAUCGGCGGUGGAAGCAGAAACUCUGCCCUCUCUUUCAACUCCCCCCUUCAUUUCUCUUCCUCGUCUUCUCCUUCUUCCUCCGCUCCUCCGCCGACCCUCAAUUUGAGGAGGAAAUCGACUGCGGCAGUUCGUGCUCGGAAGAAGAAAGACAAGAAAUACGACGAUGACGGCCAUUACUUCGCUCCCAAACAAGAUGAAUCCACCGGACCUUUCCCCGAAGCCGUCCUUCUCCGGCAGAAGCAAGUGCAGGAAGACGGCAGCGUGAUGCCCGAAUUCGCUGACGAUGAAGAAGAAGAGCUAUACGAAUUUCUUAACCUGGAGCUUCAAAGCGAUUUGAAGGUCGACCUCAUGCGGCAUUACGAAGUUGUUUAUCUAAUUCAUGAGAAGCAUGCUGAAGAAGUUGAUACUGUGAACGCAAAGGUUCAAGAUUUCUUGAGGGAGAAGAAGGGAAAGAUAUGGAGAAUGAACGACUGGGGGAUGAGAAGGCUAGCAUACAAGAUUCAGAAAGCCAAGAACGCGCACUACAUUCUGAUGAACUUCGAGCUGGAAGCCAGAUGGAUCGAUGAGUUCAAGACCAUGCUAGACCAAGACGAGAGGGUCAUUCGACACCUCGUGAUCAAGAGAGAUAAAGCCAUCACUGAGGACUGCCCUCCACCACCCGAGUUCCAUACCCUUCGCGCUGAUAUGGAUGGCGAUGAUGAUGAAGAUGAAGAGUUUGACGAUGACGAGGAGUGGGAUGAAGAUGAUGAAGAAGGUGAGAUGGAGGGUGAUGAAGAGAUGGAAGAUGAUGAUGGAGUUGUGAUUGUGAACAUUGAUGAUGAUGAAGAGAAUGAAAAUGGGAGGGUCCAUUUAACUGGUGUAAGCAACUUGAGGAGAAGGAAUAAGGUGGCUGAUCAAGUGAGAAGGUAAUUUCUUCAACCUUUUCCUUUUUGUUCUGGUCUAUGAACCUGGAGGGUAGGUCUAAUUAGUGUGUAUUACUUAAUGGUUCUGUGGUUUCAUCAGACGACAAUAUAGUAACAGGUAGAUCAUAUUCCUACGACUGAUUGAGCUCCUUAUCUCUGGAUAUUUCACUUUCUACUUUCGCCAUUGCUAUUAGUUGCCUAAGCUUCCUUGUUUCAGCUAAGUACAGCUUCGUACGCCUGUAGUUCUCUUUGACAAUCACUCGAAUCAGUAUUUGAUUUCGAAUGGCGCCUCGAGAGGCGAGAGCUAUGUGUACUUCUCGGAUAUGUAAGUGGGAUCGAGGAAAACGACUUUGGGAUCAGAGUAAACGGAGUUGGAAUGUGUUCUCUCUAUGAGCGUUGGUUGUGCUCCGAAGAGAAGGGAUCUUGAAUGGCAUAAGGAGUCGGAGCGUAGAGCCAGUUUGGCAGAGCUCAAGGCUCUGAGGGAAAAGCCGGUCAAGGCUUGGAGCCGAGGCUAGUGGUCUACAUCCAAGACUGGCAGGCAAAGCUCGAGGCCAAGCCCGCCGGGGGAUUGGCUUGGGAUUCUUCCUGAGGCCGGCUCGACAGGCUGGAACCGCUGCCCUGGCCAGCCUAGCUAACUUGAGAGAAGUUUGCAGAAGGAUGUAACUUGUUAGAGCUGACAUGAGCGAGCCUGGUUGUCAAGGUUAACAACAAUCUUUAGAAAAGUUCAACCCAGAUUUGGACGUAAAUAGCUCUAGUGUUUGGCUUGGGAGGAUGAGUUGGAAACAUCGAUGAUAGGUCACACGCCUACUUUUGGAUUUGGGGAGGAAAUGUGAAAUGAAAUCUCGUUGGGGGACAGUUGGUAAUGGAUUGCAAUGUAAUAUGCGUAAAUGUUUGAAUUCCAUAACAGCAUUUAUUUUAGGUAGAAUUGGUCUUCUUCCUCGCUGAGGAUGCUCUUCGCAAUUCAAACUCUUGUAUACUAUGAAUUCUGAACGAUAUGAGUCUGUUUAUCUUCAAAUUUAGAUAAAUAAAAUAAAGUAUUUGUUUUUAAAAUUUAUAUGCUAAACAUUUUUACUUUGAUGCAAAUGCUUUGUGUUCGAGCCCAAGCGACUAAAGAGCCAUUUAGGUUCGGAGGGUUUGGAGAGUGAGACAUAACUACAAUGGAACAGACGCCCCACUUCUUAAGAGAGUAAGAGAAGAAGUUAAAGAAAGAAAGUGAUGAUUAGUUGUAGUAAAUAUAGAUAGUUUGUCAUUUAUGAAUAGAUAACGUUUAUUAUUUUUUUUAUAAGGUUGAUAUAGGUUUUUUUUUUUUGUGAUUAAGGUACUACUUAAGAGAUUCGAACCUGGGACCUCCAGAUUCUAGGCUAGUGGUAUUACCACUAGACCAAGCCCUUGUUCAUAGCUAACUUUUAUUAUUUAUAUAAAUUUGAAUGUUAGGUACAUGGUUUUGGCGUCUGCCAAGCCAUAAAUGAUGUGGUAGGGCGUUUGAGGGUCUCUGAUAUUGUACAUUGUACUAUCAUGUCAGAAGGUGUUCGCCCUUCAAUGGUGUAGAAAGUGUUACUUUGACCUCUCAUUUGUUGAUGUUAGGUGUGUAAACUUGUCUCUUGGCUUUAUCCUCUUCGUGAGCUCUUUUGUCUCUUAUCUUGAUGAUGUUAGUCAUUAGGAUUUUGGCCUUAUGAAAUUUCUCCAUUUACAAACUUUUGGCCCUUAUACCCUAUAACUUUGCAAGUUAUAGAUAAUACUAUAAAAAAUUUAUAUAAAGAUCACUAUUUAAUAACAUAAUCAGAAUUAC